AACGAUAACAGAAACUUACGUCAUGUGGAAAUGCAAUCAUUCCUGUUAUGCAGUUCUUGGAAUCAGGCAUCAGCAAAUUCAAGAACAGUUGCACAAUUACAUGAAAAAAUGGAGAAUAUGUUAUAUCAUGUCAACUAAAGCAUUCAGGAGGUGCAUGUUGAACAGAGCUCUCUACAAAAGAUAAGAUCCUCUUAAGCGAUCAAGAUGGUAACAGAAGAGGUAGGGCUUGAUUUUGAGCCUCGAGAGUACCAAGUGGAGAUAUUGGAGAAGGCCCUUAAAGAGAACACGAUCGUGUACAUGCCCACUGGGUCUGGAAAGACAUUCAUAGCAGCAAUGCUGAUAAAAUACAAAGGGGAAAAAGUUGAAAAAAAAUACACGGAAGGCGGGCAAAGGAUAUUUUUUUUAGUUAAUACUAUCCCGUUGGUGAAUCAACAGGCAUCGGCAAUUAGGAAACACGUGUCUUUCGUUGUUGGAGAAUACUCAGGUGAUAUGAAUGUUGACUAUUGGAACCAGCAGACAUGGGAAGACCAAUUGGACCGUCAUCAAGUUUUAGUGAUGACAGCUCAAAUAUUUCUUGAUUUAAUUCUCCACGGUUAUAUCAAAUUCAGUUCAGUCGCUGUUCUUAUUUUGGAUGAAUGUCAUCAUGCUACAAACAACCACUGCAUGUCUCAGAUUAUGUCCCAGUAUAAACAGUGUGCAGAUGAUGAGCAGCCCCUUAUUUUGGGCCUCACAGCAACUCUUCUUAACGCCAAUUGCAAGGGAAAUAAUUUAGAUCAACAAAUUUUACAGUUAGAAGAAUUGUUGUGCUCGAAAAUUAUAACUUCUGAAAAUAAGAAAAUGGUUGAAAAAUUUUCAGCAAAUCCUAUUGAGUAUGUAGUGAAGUACAGCAAUUUUAUACCGGAGAGAAAAUGGUCUGAAGAAAUAAGUAAUUUGAUAAAGUAUAUCGCAAGCCAUUUACGUGCCGCUUAUUUCAACUCGGAUCCUGUCUCAAUUGGUACAUAUGAUGGAGGACAAGAGCUGAAGAAUAAACCCAAAUGGGAGAAGAAAAUAUGCCUGUUGCUGGCCAAUAUUAGUGAGGCGUAUGAGACUCUCGGUUUAUACGCUGCAAGUAAAGCGGCCCUUAUUGUAAUCGUUCGUUUAGAGAGGAUCGCACUUUCUAAAAUAGAUGAGAUAUUGGUGGCCAUCAUCAAAGCGACAAAUACUCAACUCCACCUAUUCAGUGAUGGAUGUAAAUAUCAAAUUAGGAAAAAAAUUGCAACCCUGUUAAAUGAAUACCACCAGGAUUCGCAACCUCUUAUGUUUUGUUCAGACAAAAUGACGCAGCUUUUCAAAAUUAUGCAGUCUAUCAGAAAGGAAGAAUGCACAAUCGUAUUUGUCGAAAAAAGAAUUACGGCUCAACUUUUGUUCUAUAUUUUUGAAGAUUUGCAGAAGUACAACGAAAAUUUUAAAAAUAUCAAAUCAGAUUUUAUUGUUGGUUUCAAUUCCACUCCUUUAAACAACACAAGAGAGUUGCUACUAGAAAAGAAAAGCAAUUUAGAAACACUGAAAAGGUUCAGUUCGCACAUAACAAAUGUCCUUUUUGCAUCUGAUGUCAUUGAAGAGGGCAUUGAUAUCCCUUUGUGUAAUAAAGUCAUUAAGUUUGAUGUGCCUAAAACUUACAGAUCUUAUAUUCAGUCGAAAGGAAGGGCGAGACAUUGCAAAAGUGAAUACAUUCUUUUAGUCGAAAAUGAUGACAAUAGGUUUAUCAAAAUGUAUCCACAAUUUAAAAUAAUAGAAAAUACUAUAUUUACUAUACUUGGAUUUAAAAAUAAUAUAAGCAUUGACGAUUUGGAAGUAGAGAACAUAGAAUCAUUUGAGCCUUUUGGACCCACUGGCUCUAAAGUAACAGCUUUUUCAGCCAUUUCAUUGGUGAACAGGUACUGCCACCUUCUGCCUCAAGAUAAGUUUUCACUUUUGACAGCCUCCUGGUGGUGCAAACAGUAUUACUCCAAGGAAAAUGAAUCCAAUAUGUUUAUUGUUUCAGUUAAACUUCCGAUUAACUCUCCGAUCAAGGAAGUCAUGGAGAGUGGUCCUUUCAGAACGAAAGUGAAUGCAAAGCGAGACGUUGCAGUGAAGGUCUGCAAACGUCUUUACGAGCUUGGUGAGCUGAACCAAAAUCUACUACCAUACGGUUCGAAAACGGAGCUAUUGAAUGAUGAAAGAUUAUUUCCACGGUGGAUUGAAGAGAAUGCCGAACAGUACAGAUCUGGGUCUAACAAAUGCAAACGAAUCUACACGCAACGUUUUCCUUCAUGGAUGUGUGAGUGUAAGCCAAUGGUGGACACCGAUCUUUACAUACACUUGUUCGAAAUCAGUCCUGAUUAUGAAUGCCCGAAUGUGCCGAGGGAGAGAGUGUUCCACGAAAUUCUCAAGAAAAAUAAUCAAUUUGCAAUCAUCUGUACAAAAAAAUGGCCCAAAUUGUGCAGAUUUGACCUGUUUAUGAACGUAGGUAAGAUUAAAGUCAACGUUAAAGUGAACGAGAGGAAAAUACGACUGACGCAAAAGCAAAUCGAUGAUCUUUUCCAUUUUCAUUGUCUUCUCUUUACCAAUGUUGUUGCCUUAGUCAAGCCGUUCGUCGUUAAGGAUUUUGAAAAUUAUGAAAAUUCCUUCUUCAUCAUACCAAUGGUUCCAGGUCCUGACGAUUUAAUGGACAUCGACUGGGACACUAUACAUCAGCACAAAUCAAUCCCUGAAAUCAAACCUGUUCCAUCUGAGAACCGAAUAGGGUUCAAGUUCUCAACGCAAGAUUACCUCGGCAAAGUCGUCGUGCCUUGGUACAGGCCUAAAGGCUACACAACUAGAUAUAUCGUCACUCAAGUCUAUGAAGACAAAACACCAAAGUCAAGUUUUCCUAGUGAAAUCUAUGAUUCUUACACUCAGUAUUUUGACAGCCGUUAUAACCUGACGAUUGAAAAUUUAGAACAACCUCUGAUCGAGGUCCGUGUUAUAUCUUCCAAAAUGAACUGUAUAAUUCCAAGAGGUGAGUCUAACUCGUCAAAAAAGAGGCGUAAAGGGGAAAAAGUGUUAGAAGAGGUCCUCGUCCCUGAAUUGUGCACAUUGUUGGACUUUCCUUCUGUGUAUAUGUUGAAGGCGACUCUCAUCCCGUCCAUCGUUCAUAGGAUCCAGCAUAUUUUAAUUUCAGAGGAGCUAAGGCAGAAAAUAGCGGCUGAAAUCCAGCUGGGGCCGAUUUUACUUCCAGACGAUGUUACAUGGGCUCCCUUAGAAGUAGAUCAGCUCGCUAUCAGAGAAGAGGACGACUCCCUGCAAAGUACAAUUGAAGUCAGCGAUGAACUUACUUCAAAAAUGAAGUUGCUUACGAUGCACAACUAUCCUUGGAAAAAAGAAGAUGAGCCUCGCAAUAUAGAAAAACAUUUAUCUGAGAUUGAUUUAAUAUCUGUUAUUCAUUAUCAAAAAUUCGUCGAUAUGGCUAUUCAAUACGAGGAUAGUGAAAACAAGAUGCAACUGAUAAAUUCUAAUAAUUUAAAGGAGCCAGAAGUAGAAGCUGAGCUUUCUGUAGAGGAACCAAGUAUUUCCAUUUUCAAUGAGUCGAAUGAUCUUAGUAUUGGCCCCCAGUUAUCUGAACUCCUACAAGUAUUGACGUCUAAAUCAGGCUGCGAUAUAAUAAACUAUGAACGCCUUGAAACGCUCGGAGACUCUUUCUUAAAAUUCAUAGUUUCACUUUCACUCUUCACCUACUUUAAAUUAGACGAGGGGAAAUUGACUCAGGUCAAAGGGAAAAUCGUCGGAAAUCGAAAUCUCUUUUAUUGUGGGAAUCACAUCAAUCUUGGAUCAUUGAUGAAGGUGUACGAUUUUUCACCGAGUGAUUGGGAGGUACCCUGUUUUACACUCGAAAGGGUUUUAAAGAACUUAAUGAAAGAAAAACAUAACAUCUCAGCAAAUGUUCUUCACCAUAUCGAAUUAACAGAACAGGAAAGAGAUACAGGCCUUCUAAGCAAUGAAACGUUAGAAAAUUUCCAUAAGAUAAUAACAGAGAAUAAAGAUCAAGACAGCGCUUCUUCGAGUGUUCCUUUGCUUGGUUUACAGGCAGUAUCUGACAAAAUGAUUGCCGACUGUAUCGAAGCAUUAAUCGGAGUGUAUCUAAAAUCUUGCGGGAUACUCGGCGCGCUUAAAUUGUGCAACUGGCUUGGCAUACUCGCCCUGGAGAUAUCCGACAUCAAACAAAUUCUCAUUGAUCCUGCGCCAUCAGCGAACGUGAACGAAAUUGAACACAUCAGUCGGUAUAUUAUCGAGGCGGAUAAGCUCGAAAAGAAAUUAAAGUAUAAAUUCAAAGAUAGAAGUUUCCUCCUUCAAGCCUUAACACAUUCCUCGUAUACGCAGAGUGUGACUGAGUGUUAUCAACGUCUCGAAUUUUUAGGCGAUGCUAUUUUAGAUUUCCUAAUUACUAUCCAUAUUUAUGAGAAGUGCGGCAACUUGUCGCCCGGUGAGUUGACCGAUUUACGGUCUGCCCUUGUCAACAACGUCACCUUCGCCUGUCUCAUCGUAAGGCAGGGGAUACACUUACAUAUGAACUUCCUUUCCUGCGAGCUUUCAGAAAUAAUCAACCGUUUCGUAGAACACCAGGAAAACAGGGGACAUAAGAUCGGAGCGGAGGUAUUGUUUUUAAUCGAAGAGAACGAUGUAAAAGUAGCUGAAAUUGUCGAUGUUCCAAAGGUGUUGGGAGACAUUUUAGAAUCAUUAAUAGCCGCGGUUUACCUUGACAGUGGAAAGUGUUUGAAAACCACAUGGAGGGUUAUUUAUAACCUUAUGAAAAAUGAAAUUGAGGAGUUUAGCAAAAAUGUACCGAAAAACCACAUUCGUGUACUUUAUGAGAAGUUUCCCAACCCUACUCCCAAGUUUGGCAAGGCGGAACAGAUCGAGUUUGGCAACGUUCAAGGCAUACUCAUUCCUCUCUUCGUAGCCAGCAGCGACAGAGAAUCUAAGAUUUUCCACGGCAUUGGAAAAAACAAGGCACAAGCGAAACUUGCAGCCGCUAAAGUUGCAUUACGCUAUUACCACAGCGCAAGCGAAUCUUAGUAUAAAAAAAUUUACGUUUCAAAAUAUUUAUAUAUAAUAUUUUAAUAUAAAAUUUAAAUUUGUUCUAAAAGAAAUUCUAUUAAAUGUCACACAUAAAUAUUAAAUUUAAGUAUUUUCUAUUCUUUUCUUUUUA